AUGGCAGGCUGGUUCAAGGCGUUGCUGCAGAAACCCAGGAAGAGGCCAGACGCCUCAAAUGGGACCCCCGGGUGUUCUCCUUCCUCAACUUCCCCUCCGUCGCAGAAAAGUCCUGCUUCGCUCCCUCGUAGCUUGACCGGCAGCCCCAAACUGGGGCUCUCCAUCUCCCGGAUUGUAAGCAGUUCCGACAGUGCCCGAUGGAGCAAGUUGUACGACGUCUGCAUUUGCCACAGCGAGGGCGACCUUGAGUUUGUGGAAGAGCUGGUGGCCUACUUGGAGAACCAGCCCGAACAUUUCCGCUGCUUUCUUCAGCUGCGGGACUCUGCUCCGGGUGGGGCUGUUAUGACAGAGCUGUGCAACGCCGUCCAGAACAGCCACUGUUGGGUGCUUCUGAUCACCCCCAACUUCCUGAAGGAUCCUUGGUGUUGCUACCAGAUGCACCACGCCUUGACCGAGGCACCCAUGGCGAAUGGCCGCACCAUCCCUGUGCUGAAGGAUAUAGACCGCACGGACUACCCCCGGGAACUCCGGUGUAUUUACUACAUCAGCGUGGUGCUCCAGGAGAACAGUUUCCGACAAAUCAAAGAGACGAUACUGCGUUAUCUCCUGGACCUUUGUCAAAACCCAAGAAGCAAAGACUAA